CACCCGAGAAGGUCGCAGAGGUUAUAGCUGUCAAAUUUUGAGAAUUGGAUUCCUAUUCCGCCGGCUGUAUUAUUAACUGAAUUAAUUCAGAAUCACAAUGGCAGCGAAAUACAAGAUUGUUAUGAUUCGCCACGGCGAAAGUGAAUGGAAUCAGAAGAAUCUGUUUUGCGGUUGGUUUGACGCUGACCUGAGCGACAAGGGUCGUGAGGAGGCUGUGUCGGCUGGCAAAGCCCUGAAAGCUGAAGGCUACACGUUCGACGUCGCCCACACGUCUGUGCUAAAGCGUGCUCAGAUCACAUUAAACACAGUUUUGAAGGAAGUGGAUCAAACUGAUAUUCCUAUCAACAAGACUUGGAGGUUGAACGAGAGACACUACGGUGGACUCACUGGCCUGAACAAAGCCGAGACUGCUGCCAAAUAUGGUGAUGCCCAGGUUCAAAUCUGGCGUCGCAGCUUCGACAUUCCUCCCCCGCCAAUGGAGAAGGACCACCCGUACUACGACACCAUUGUCAAUGAUCCCCGCUAUGCUACCGAGCCCAAAAAGGAGGAGUUCCCCAUGUUCGAGAGCUUGAAACUUACGAUUGAGAGGACCCUUCCUUACUGGAAUGAUGUAAUUGUUCCUCAAAUCAAGGAAGGCAAAAAGAUCAUCAUUGCUGCCCAUGGCAACAGUCUCAGAGGCAUUGUGAAGCAUUUAGAUGGUCUCAGCGACCAGGCCAUCAUGGAACUGAAUCUGCCCACUGGCAUCCCAUUCUACUACGAGCUGGAUGAGAACCUGAAGCCCGUAGACUCCAUGGUCUUCCUCGGAGAUGAGGAGACCGUUAAGAAUGCGAUGGCUGCCGUCGCCGCUCAAGGCAAAGCCAAGUAAAUGUUUAAGGAUAUAAUAAUAGAGAAAUAUAUAAUGUUAUGAUUUAUUUAUUAUGACAAAUGAACUUAGAUUAGUUAAAAUAUCAAGAGAAAUGUCAUUAUAUUGUCUUGGAAAAUGUUAUAUAGAAAAAAGUUGUUUAAAAUGGUUUUACUGAAAAUUUAAUCUAUGGAUGUUUAUAUAUUAUAUUCAAGCAAUUAGCUACUGUCUACUAUUCAAGUUUAUUUUCUAGUAUAAUAACUAAUCUAAGACAUUGCAUACAGUUACGUAAUUGCAUGCAUUAGAGAUGUUUGUGUGUUGCAUUCUUGGUGUAAAAAUGUAUGGUAACCGUUGGUAACUGUAUAAAAAAUAUUUUCUCUGGAUGAAUGCCAAGAAUCAAGAGUCAUGAGAUUCAAAGAUGUUAUCGCAACAAUAAUUAUUUAAUGUUAGAGUGUAAUGUGCUUGUGAAAUAAAAAUAACAUGUUAUAUA